AUGGACAUUGACCUGCUCAAUCCCGACGUCAAGGAGGAGAGGUCGAAGCACAAGCUGAAGCGCAUGAUCCAGUCUCCGAACAGCUUCUUCAUGGACGUGAAGUGCCCUGGCUGCUUGCAGAUUACCACCGUCUUCAGUCACGCUCAGACCGUCGUGCUCUGUGGAAACUGCAACGUGAUGCUUUGCCAGCCCACAGGCGGUCUGGCCCGACUCACAGAGCCUUGGAAAGGAGGGCUGCUCUUUCCGAAAGAAGGCAGACUGAUGGGGCUUGCCAGGGAGCUGAAGGUUGAGCUGAUCAG